AUGUCCGCUGUGUCUCUCCCGAAAGGGCUACACCACCUCGAGAGCAACCUGCCCCAUAAAUUCGUCGGCAGGUUCUCACCUCGAGUCUUGCACAAGAAAAAGUUUGUCCAGCCUCACGACCGGAUAGCGCGAUGGAACAUUCGUACAGGAGAUUACGUCCGGCUCACCGUCGGUAAACCCGAGGACAAGUACGUCAAUGGAAAGGACGACAAGGACGGCUGGAAGGUCCAUCAGGUCACUCAGAUCGAUCUGGAGAGGAACAAACUCCGGUUGAACGGGGUCACCCAAAAAAAAGCGAACCAGAUCCUUCGAGAGCUUCCCGCCGGUGCCGGAGAGACCGAGCGCAGGGAAUUCGAGGGUCAACGGAAUUUCAUGAACGUCAGCCGACCGAUCCAUUAUUCCAACGUCCAGCUCUGUAUCGAUCAAGGGAACGAAAAGGGAGGCAAGAGCGUUUUUGCGAGCCGGAUAGCAACCUCGAAACCCGUCUGGGACAAGCGGAUGCGACUCUACCGAUACGAUAGGUUUGCCGCCGGACAGAUCAAGGGAGCCGAGGAUCCGGAUCAAUACGAGAUUGAUGAGUCGAAGGGGUUGAUCAAGAUCCUUUGGCCGCCAUUUGCCAAGGCCGAGACUAUCGAGCCCCUGGCAACGGAUACGACGAGCGACGCUGUGGCCAAACGCACGGUCGCCCUCGUACCCGCCGAUUCUAUCUGGUCCAACUCCUCCACCGUACCUCUGGCCACCUCCUCCCGAGCACCCGUCAACAAGCUGCCUCGAUCCAUCUCGGACGCGUACAUCAACUUGAACGCCAAGGCCGCCUCGGACCUCGAUGCCGUUCCCGAGGUCCCCGUCGACGUGGAUAGCAUGAUGCCGCUCUACCUCUCUGAGGAACUCUCACCCAGGUUCUCGAGGGCCAAGGCGACCAAGGGAUGGAAUUUGGCCCGGGAGGCCGAGAGGGAGGAAAAGGAAAAGUACGCCGCUCAGGCUGUACAACAGUGGCGAGAAGGCGGACGUGAUGCAGGAUUGGAGAGCACGCUCGCCAAGGUCGGUCUCGGCGGGGUGACAGUGCGAGGGAGGACGAGCAAAGAGGUCCGGGAGGCCGCGGAGAGCGAUUACGAAAACGCCUUGUUCGAACGUUCGAGGAUCGCUAGGAUGGCCAAGCGGGCCGGAGGGAGGUUCGAUGUCGUCAACGAUCGGUGGAAGGUCGAGAUCGACCCGGCCAAGCUCAAGAGGGACCAGAAAAAGGCAGAGCGGGCCAAGAGAAAGGAGACGUUUUUGAGGUUGAACAAGCUCACCGUGUGA